AUGCAGUUCAAGUCCUUGGUGAUGGGAAGCCGGAGGCCGGGACGAAACAUAAGCAGGCUUACGUCUCCCUCAUGUAUGGGGAUGACUUCCUACUGGGAAUGCGUGUGCUCGGCCAGUCACUGCGGGAGUCUCAAACCACCAGGGAUUUGGUGGCCGUCGUGGUUGGAUCUCACGUCUCAGACCUCUCGAAGAACGUGUUGA